AUGACUCAGUCGCUUGUCGACACAUCUUCGUGCAAUAGGGCCACGAGUCACACUCGGUCCAUUUUGACUGGUCCUCAAGGCAAAACCUCCGCUUCGCAAACUCCGCACUUGUCUUCCUCUGACCCUCGGUUGCCAGUGGUCGACCCCUCCAAGAAUGUUGUUGUUCAGUACAGCUAUAGAGAUGGCCAGACGGCGGUUAUGACGGGAGGCGUGAUGCUCGGAUUGGGGACCAGUGACUCGAAAGGUGCCAGUCCAUCGCCAACAAGGACUGAAGGAGGGGCAAAGGGUGCUUUGAGUCGUGGAAAGGGAUCAUACAAUGCCAGAAGCGUUGGUCGGAAGUUUGGACCGACACAUCAGCAGCGUGACGCGCGAGGCUCGGAUUCCUCAAAUUGGAGGAGGCCGGUCUCGGAACAGUAG